CAGAGACACACACCUACAGCUAGCUGACCCACAUGUGGCUAGGAAGGUUUUAAACCCGUAGCUACUGAGCGCCGCACGGCUCCAUGCGUUCAAGCGGACCCUGGUGCAGUGUGGCGGACCGCAUGCUGCUUUAACGGAGCGGGAGUGAGUUGGCUGUAACAGGCGGAGCCCGAGGCUGAAGGUACCGAGAGCAAACUGAGCCUGGGAGCAGCAGAUACACUGAGCCAAAGAUGCCUGUAGGGCCCAGAAAGGGUGCGCAGGGUGUAGAGGAUGGGUCCGAAGAUGAGGAAAACCAGCGCUGUCCUAUCUGUCUGAACGUCCCCAGGCCUGCAGAACGUGCUGUGCCUGACAGCUGCAGCCACAUCUACUGUUUCAACUGCAUUGUGCGCUGGUCUCAGAUGGUGCAAGUCUGCCCAGUGGACCGGAGGCCUUUUAGUGCAGUCUGCAGACAGGACCCUGUGCUGGGAUUCAUCAAGAUUCCUGUGAAAAUAUCAAGCAUAUCAAACACUGAUAUAUGCAGCCGUGAAAAUGGUGAAACAGUGAGAGGAUUUUCAAAGGAGGAGACCACAAAAAUGGGAGAAAAGGAGGGGAAAAGAGCCUAUGCUAAGCCUACGCUGAAACGUCAAAUACCAGGUGAUACUGAUUCUUCGGCCCAGAAGAAGAAAAAGAUGAAAGGUGAGAGAUGCCACUCACAGCUGCUUACUCAAAAUGUUCAGCCUGGGCUCUUAGCCCAGCAGGGGGCGACACUCAACAUGCUGACCCAAAUCAUCACAGAGUCUAUAGUGUCCGAGGAGGAGCCAGUAGACGAGGAAUGGAGACUGUGUCGGAGAAAUAUGAUGGAGCAUCAUUGGCUGCAUGUUCCUGUACUCACUUCAUCUACACACCCGGCAAGCAUUCUUUCCAGACACUGCCCUCGUGCUCAUGCACUUCCUCAGCAGCCCCACGUCAUACCAUCUACCUCUCCAUGUCCACUGAGAUCUGGUAUCUCAGUUCUUUAUGGAAAGGUUUGUGCAGUCACAUGUUCCAAAGGUGAGGGAAGAAAGGGUACGAGAGGAUCUGGAUCCAAAAACUCUACCAAUCAAGAAAAGAACGUUGCAUCUCAGCGCGCAUCCAGAAAGAGAAAAGGUGUGAAUGAGGAGCCUUUAUCCACUCACUCUCAGCAGUCACAGUCAGACCCUGACUCCUCCUCUCCUACUGGCAGUGCAUCAAGUGACAUGCAUGCUUCCACAAGCAGAGAAAAGCAGGCUGGAAAACAGAAACCUGGCAAAAGGAAAGGAGGCUCAAAAAAGAAGCCUGCUCGACAAGCAGUAGUUGAAAGUGAGGAAGAGGACAAAGAGAAAGAAGAGGAAGCUGGACAGGGAAGUCAAGUGGAAAUGGCUGUUGUUGUGGAAGAGUCACAUGAAAUGGGGACUGAUGAGGAGGCAAAAGCGAGUCCCUGUCAAGGAGAUGUAGGAGUAGAUAUGGAUGUAGGCUCAGAUUCUGUUGAUCAUAGUGGAGAUGAGUUGGAAAAGGACACUGAAGAUCUGCUGAAUCCCAUAGAGAGUGAACCUGACUCACCUCUCUUCAAACAGAGUGAUGAGGAAACAAAGACAGAGAAUGACGACAGUCAGGACAAUCAGAUAUCCUCUCAAGAGAAGCUGGAUUGUUCUGAAGAGGAGGCACCUGAGAUGGAACCAGCAGAACCUGAGAGAGAACCAUCUGUUGAAAAGGAAGACCAUCUCUCUUCUUUCUGUGCAGAGCAGAUAAAGGUAGCGGAAUCUAGUGACACCUCUGACAGUUUAACUGCCCAACCUCAGGAUGAUUUGACUACUGCAGCAGUGAGCUCAUCAGACAAUAUAACUGAUCAGAAACCAGAAUCUGAAGCUCCAGAAGAGCCAGAUGGAUGUGACAGUGUAACAGAUGAGGUUUGCAAACUUCCUCCAUCUGGCAGCUGCUCAUCUGAACAUACAGUUGAAAACUGUUCUGUAAAAGAUCAGGAACUUCAAGUGACUUCAGAGACAAAGCAAGAGAGUUCUUUGGACAUAAGUGGUCAUCAAGAUAACACUGAUUCCAUUCCUAUGGAUUGUGACUCACCUGGCUCAGACAACACUUCCCUUCUUCCUGAGGGUUCUGAGAGUAAUAGUGUUGCUCUUGCACCUCAGAUCUCUACUGCUGAUCAAAACUCCAGUCAGGACAGAGAACAGAAGGACCAGGCACACGAGCCCAAGUCUGAGCCUUCAAAAGACCAGCGAGGCUCAGACAGGAGAGAUGGCCGGCAGCGCAAAUCUCGUUUCCACUCGCCCACAACUACUUGGUCCCCUAAGAGGGAGUCUAGAGGGGAAGGGUCACGGAGAUCCCGGUCAAGGGAUCGUGAUCGCAGUCGUAAUGCAAGCUCACCGCCCAGGGGUCGAGGCCGUGAGCAUGAAAACGACCGAGGUAGCUCCAGGCGGAAUCGCAGCAGAGACCGGCGAAGCCGGAGGCGUUCUCGCAGUCGUUCUAGAAGUCGCUCGAGAUCACGCUCCAGGUCAAGAAACAGGCCAAACCGCAGAAGUCUGUCUCCAGAACGCAUUGAUCAAGGGGCACAGUCACCACGGAAAAGAGAUUCUUGGGGAGGUGAAGGCUGGCGGGGAGCGCGUACUUACCGCAAUUCCAACUGGAGGAACAAUCCAGAAAGACAGAAUCAGUUUUCAGCAAGAGAGCCCAACUCGGGCAACGGCAACUUCCAUGAGACCUCGCCAGACAGAGGUCAGUCCGAAAAUCCUCACUGGGUGAAGGAAAGGUCGUGGGGGAAUGCUGACAGCAGGGAGCGUGAGCAGCGUUUGGAGGAGAAUUCUGACACUCCUGCAGACUCUUGGACUCGAGGAGGCUGGAACUCUGAACAUGGGCGUGGCGGUGGACGUGGUCGGGGUGGGCAGCGUAACUCUUUCUCAGGGAUGACAAAUAAUGCAGGGAGUGACUCCUACAGUCGCUUUAAUGAGAACAGACCUGGAGGAAAAAGGAAGGAGCCUGAGAGCUCUGAUACACCAUUGGAUCGGUCAGGAUGGUCUUCUGCUUCCAGCUGGGCAGUGCGCCGAACACUGCCUGCUGAUGUACAGAACUACUACUCACGAAGAGAACGAGGGCCUGGGACAGGUGGCAGCAUCUGGAAUAGACAAGAGGAGGACCAGCCAGCAGCUGGUUUCUCCAAACAAACAGAUCCUCCACAGAGUGAGCCAAGUACCCAUCUACCUAAUGAAGCAGUGCCAGCCCCACCUGCUGUAAUGCCCCACCAGGUCAAUGCGCUGGGAGUCUUGCGCUACCCAAUGGGGCCGCUGGGACCACGAGUCCCUACUGUCGGUCUUCAGCCCCCUCCGUUUGCCAUGCCCCCACAGAUACCUGUACACCUGCAUCCGCCAGGACCUCCUCUACCGAUACCCUCCAUAGCUGUGCAGAGUCUGCCACCGCCCCCUCCACCACCUCCCCCUGUACAGCAGGGCAGCCUCACUGUUCUGCCUGCUGAAAGCCUCCCUCAGGUCAUUACAAGUUUCGCUGUGCCAGCAAAAGUCCCCUUGAAAGUGACAGCAAACAAGGCAGCACCAUUGCAGGCUCAGCCUACUAGCACACCAAGUGUAGCCCAGCCAUCUUCCACUACUCAACCCCCGUCUCACAGCAAAGCCCAUGCAGACAGCUCCAAGAAAGAAAAGAAAUUACAGAUUCAGGAAAGAGCCAUCACUGAGGUGAAAGCAGCCAUCAAGCCAUACUAUCAGAAGAAGGAUAUCACCAAGGAAGAAUACAAAGAGAUUGUACGCAAAGCUGUAGAAAAAGUCUGCCACAGCAAGAGUGGAGAGGUUAAUGCCGAUAAAGUGGCCAACCUUGUCAAAGCAUACGUCGACAAAUACAAGCACGUUCGCAAGAACAAAACGGACAAAAACUGAGGGAGACUGCUCUGACGCCCGCACAAGUGCAAUUUCUCCAAAAAUGGCCUCACAGGCUGAUAUGACUGGAGCUUCUUUUCAUAUUUGCAGACAAUAAUGAAGAUUUUUCUAUAGAUUGCAUAUUUUGUUUAAUUUGGAUUUCAUAUAGUGCAACUGCCCUUUAAUUGCUUUUUCUUUUGAGGUGGGGGGGUUGGGGGGGUGGCUGCUGUAAACAUGAGCAAAUGUGUACUUGAGGGGUAGGAUGGGGGUUACUCUUUACUUUAAGAUCUUUAGCUGUGUUUGAUUACAUUGCAGGCAUUUUUUCAAUCUGUGGAGUAGCUGUAAGUGGUUAAUCACAUGAACAGAGUGGUACUUCUGUAUCUGUCUCUCGCACUCGCGCUCUCUCUCUCUUUGUCCCAUGGACCUUAAUGAAGUAACGGCAUUAAAGUUCGUCUUCAUUUUGCUUUUUUUUAUGCUUCAGAAUCUUGAAGUCCUGAAUAAAUGUGCAUUGGCUCUGUUAUUCCUGGUGGAGAUUCAGUGAGCUGGCUGUGUGUGUAUGUGGAUCAUGAACAUUAGUUUAAGGGAGGAUGUGGACAGCUUGUCAGUGAAAUAGGAACCGAGCUGUUGGUGUAAAUGCAGCUUAAUUCCCCAAACUGCUGUACUGCACAACCAUUGUAUUUAUUUACCUCCCACAUCACUAAAAUAAACAGGCUGUCAGUUACCCCUUCGUAUUUGUUUUGAUCAGAUUUUUUCCCCGUAGUUAUUUUAGGAUCAUAAGACAAAGUAAUAUUUUAAAGCUGUCAGUAUGUUUAGAUUCUGUGCAGGGUAUGAUGAUAAUGGUCAUCUGUGUCUGCCAGAAAUGUAAAAACUGUACAUUUAUGAAUACUUGUUAGUGUUUAUCAUGUACUGUUUAAUACUGUCCUAAAGGAAGUGUAGAGAUUGAACUUUCCCUUCUUACUGUUAUGUGCAAGAAUAAAAUAUAUUUUGAACAUUGAA